GGAACCAGACUUGUUUACCCGAAAAUACUUGCAUGGUCUAGAAUAAGGGGUGGGACGGCAGCGCGGAGAUCCGACCCCUAUAAGUGUACGUCACGUUGAGGCCAGCCGCGAAGAGGUGUGCUGGAGUAUUUCGCAACCUGUGAGAGCUCCGGAAGACUUGUUGAACAGGCAGCCAGGAGCGGAACGCUUGUAUCUUGCCUCUUCUCCUGCGCAUCAAGUGGUUUUUGAUAAUCAGGACUGAAUAACUUCUGUAACUGAAGACCUGCAGCAAUUCAUCAGCUCUGCCACGAAAAUGCAAUUCAGGUUAACGGUGAACUCAGUAUAAAGGCAACAGCUGGAAGCCAGAAGCAGUGAGGCCUGUACAUAGACGCCGGUGACAUUUAAAACAUAGGCACAGGGACACAGACCCGAACCGCAGGCACAGGGACAUUGACCUGAGCCCCGAGAGACUUUCAUAGCAAGUGCAGGGGGAACAGACUGCUUGCUGACACGCAAAUGGCCGCCACGGACCUGCAGUGCCGGCUGGAGCACGGCGAGCGGAGCUGGGGGCAGGAGGAGGCUGCGCUGCUGGAGCGCUUCGAUGCAGAGAGGAAGGAGUGGGAGAGCCAGCUGAGGGACAUGCAGAAAAACAUUGAGGAGCUGUAUAAUGAGGUGAAGGCCCGUCGAGAGGGGAACACAGCUGGGCUGGAUAGCAGAACCCAAGACGGCUCACUGAGACUCGGUACACAGUCAGACAGCACUGUGCCCAGCCUCCCAGCUGACUCUCCCAAUCACCACAGCAAUGGCUACUUUGAGCCUGCGCCCCAGUACAACAAUGGCUACUCUGACCCUCCACACCAGCAUAGCAACGGCUACGACGCAUCCAAUCACCUUGGCAAUAGAAGUUCUGUCCGACCAGACCACUGUAGCAAUGGUGGCUAUGAUACUAUCGGUUAUCUUAGCAAUGGUCAUAGCCACCACAGCAAUGGCUACAGCCAUCCAGCAGAUUGCCACAGCUAUGGCAAGAGGGACUCAGUGGAGACAGAGCUAGAGGAUAUCCUACAUAAUUGUCUGGGACAAGGGCCGGAGUACAUUUCCUCCUCUGCUGGACAACACACUUCUUUCAGACCCCUUAACGGAUGCCAGAACGUUGACUACAGCCAGCUGUACCCCACCAACGGGCCAAGAAAGAGCACUACUGCAGUCAACUCUGCUCUGAAAGAAAUUGCCAGAGUGAGUGAAGAUCUGUGUAGCUACCAGGAUGUGAUCAGGAAAAAGUCAGGGGAUAAGAGGAGCGGAGGAGAGUCUCUUUGUUUUGAAGAAAUGGAGAAUGUGAAGAACAAGGAGUCUCACUCAGGGAGCCAGUGGUGUGACAACUUCCGGGUCCUUUCAGAACAGGAUAACCAGAUGAACUGGGAGAAUAUGAGCAGAAUCCCAACCAAGAUGGAUGCAGGGGCCAGACCGUCCUCAAGGAAUAAAGAGGCCCCUCCCAUUCCUCCUCGUACCACUUCCUGGUAUAUGAACGGUUCCACUGCUCCAGAGCCACAGCUUCCUUUCCAGGAAUCCUUCACAGACAGGAAAUGCACCAGCCCCUCUGUGCUCAGAAAGUUUGGAGCCAUGCUGCAGGAGAAUGAGGGGAAGACGCUAACGGACUCUGGGGUCGUUAUAAAUCUAGUGCCUGCAGAUUCCAAGUGCAAUAUUGGCUCUUACCACGGCAAGCUUGGAAGUAGUAAGUCGCCCACGCAUGUGCCUGUCCAAAAAUGCCUUUCUGAUGUCGGCACACUGGCAGACAUGGACUACAGCCAAGACUGCAGACCAACAGAUAGCCCAAAGGUACCUAGGGGACAGUUCCAGCCAGAGGACAGAGAGUUUGUGGGGAAGAGCGUCCACAUGGAUUUCAGGGGCUCACCCUUUUCUGUAUCCUCUCCCUGCUCUGACCCCAGAGGCCAAUGGAGAAACCAGACUGUUGCUCAGAAAGGGUUUGAAGAGGAAGGUUUGAUGGGUGUCAGCAGCAGACCCAAAAGUGUGAACUCGUACCCUUCAGUGCAGUAUGUGGAAAAUAGAGUGGGAGGCAGGCCCGUUGGCUCGGCCUGGGACAGUGGGUUGCAGGUUCUGAAUGAAAAUGCCUCGAGGUCUACACCUCCGGCUGUUCACACUCAGCCAAACUGUAGAGUGGAGGAGACUGCUCUGAGGGGCUAUGAGAGUUGUAACGGUUCCCAGCAGUAUCAGAAGUGCCGUCUCUAUGGCUCAGGCCGGGAAGAUGACCUCAUUGAACUUCUGGGCAUGCUGGGGAUAGAACACCAAUCCGACUCCAGGCAAAGACCCCCACAGACACCCUGCCACCAGGCUACACCCCAGGAGAGCCAAGAGUCUGUCAAAAAGGGCUUCUCUCGUCCCGCCCGCCCAGCAAACCGCCGCCCACCGUCUCGGUGGGCCAACCGCGUGCCAUCUUCCCCCGCAACCCAUGUGACCCGCCCCUCCGAUCCUGCCCCGAAACAGUUUAUCUGCCCAUAUUCCUACCACAUUGAGACAGUUAUUAUGUGAGAGGCCUUUGAAACCCCGAACCCCAUUUCCCCUUGUAUAUUAAAAAGACUGUUAUUUCUGCCUAGCUUUGAAGUGCUUUUACAAUGUAUGCACAGUGUAAAAUACAGAAUGCAUUGGUCUGCAUUCAAGAAGCUUUAUACUCUUCCUCUGUAGACACUGAAUCUCCAGUGCUUCUGUGGCCUACUGUACUCCUCAACCAAACAUCAUUACAUUCUUCAUGUUUUUGUUUUUCUUCCUUUUUUCCAAUCGCUUUGUAUAAUACGUUUCAUGGUUCUGUGCAUGGCUCCCUAGUUGUGGGUGCAUGUGUCUGUUAUUGAGUGUAUCAGACAUCACGUAGUUCAUUUUUAUUGACAAAGAGUGGUUCAGUUUAUGAUUAGCGGCUUUAAUCAAUGUAGUUAAUAUCUGGUGUUCUUAAAAACUUCAUUCUAUUAAAGAGUGAUUUAAAAUGUUGAAAUAAUGUUGUGAAAUGUAAGGAAAGUGAUGCCUUUUUUCUCUUUUUUUCUGAUAAUAAAGAUGACAGUACAUUUA